CUCUCCAGUCCGUCAGCGAACUUGCUCCGCUGGCUCAGUCCGCUCGCCUCUGCGCCCCGGCGUGCAAGUGAGCCUCUCAGCUGCACCGCGGGCCGCGGUGCGGAGCCGACAUGCGCCCGCUGCUCGGCCUCCUUCUGGUCUUCGCUGGCUGCACCUUCGCCUUGUACUUGCUGUCGACGCGACUGCCCCGCGGGCGGAGACUGGGCUCCACCGAGGAAGCUGGAGGCAGGUCCCUGUGGUUCCCCUCCGACCUGGCAGAGCUGCGGGAACUCUCUGAGGUCCUUCGAGACUACCGGAAGGAGCACCAGGCCUACGUGUUCCUGCUCUUCUGCAGCGCCUACCUCUACAAACAGGGCUUUGCCAUCCCUGGCUCCAGCUUCCUGAAUGUUUUAGCUGGUGCCUUGUUUGGGCCAUGGCUGGGGCUUCUGCUGUGUUGUGUGUUGACCUCGGUGGGUGCCACAUGCUGCUACCUGCUCUCCAGUAUUUUUGGCAAACAGUUGGUGGUGUCCUACUUUCCUGAUAAAGUGGCCCUGCUGCAGAGAAAGGUGGAGGAGAACAGAAACAGCUUGUUUUUUUUCUUAUUGUUUUUGAGACUUUUCCCCAUGACCCCAAACUGGUUCUUGAACCUCUCGGCCCCGAUCCUGAACAUCCCCAUCGUACAGUUCUUCUUCUCAGUUCUUAUCGGUUUGAUCCCAUACAAUUUCAUCUGUGUGCAGACAGGCUCCAUCCUGUCAACCCUAACCUCUCUGGAUGCUCUUUUCUCCUGGGACACUGUCUUUAAGCUAUUGGCCAUUGCCAUGGUGGCAUUAAUUCCUGGAACCCUCAUUAAAAAAUUUAGUCAGAAACAUCUGCAAUUGAAUGAAACAAGCACUGCUAAUCACAUACACAGUAGAAAAGAUACGUGAUCUGGAUUUUCCGUUUGCCACGUCCCUGGACUCAGUUGCUUAUUUGUGUAAUGGAUGUGGUCCUCUAAAGCCCCUCAUUGUUUUUAAUUGCCUUCUAUAGGUGAUAUGGACACUGUACAUCAAUGUGCAGUGUUUCUUGUCAGAAAGCACUCUCUGCUCUUGAAGGUGUGUUACAUCAGGUUUUCAAACCAGCCCUGGUGUAGCAGACACUACAACGGAUGCCUCCUAGAAAAUGCUGUUUGUGGCUGGGCGCGGUGGCUCACACCUGUAAUCCCAGCACUUUGGGAGGCCGAGGCGGGUGGUUCACAAGGUCAGGAGUUCAAGACCAGCCUGGCCAAGAUGGUGAAAUCCUGUCUGUAUUCAACACACAAAAAUUAGCCAGGCGUGGUGGCAUGUGCCUGUAAUCCCAGCUACUCGGGAGGCUGAGGCAGGAGAAUCGCUUGAACCCAGGUGGCAGAGGUUGCAGUGAGCCGAGAUCACACCACUGCAUUCCAGCCUGGGUGAUAGAGUGAGACUCUGUCUCAACCAAAAAAAAAAAAAGAAAGAAAAGGAAAAUGCUGUUUGUAUUAUAUUUUGUGGUCUAAGAAGGAGCUCAGGAUAGCCUGUUGUAUUUGCCUCAUGCCAGCCCCUGAGCUGCCUUGGGAGAAGAUGCUGACCGUCCUUGUCCAGAGUACCACUUUUGCAGAGUGACAGGCUGCUGGGACAGAUGUCCUCCUGUUGCAUCUUUGUGGAUGUUUAGUACCAAUGAUGACAUGGGAACCCACAUCACUGACACCGCUCUUCAUCUUCUGUUAGUCUCUUGAAGAGCAUUUCUUUUGUACUUUUUUGCUGAUGACCUACCUCGUCAUAAGCCAAGUGAAACAAGUUGACGAACUGCCUAGGACUUCCACGUAUUGCUCACAUGCAUGAUGAUUUCUGUCAUGCUCUUGUGUUCAGACACACUGAUGUUACCAUGUAUGUCAAACCUACUUAUGAUUGCAUGUCCUGACAGUUAAGCUGAUUGCAAACAGACUAUUAAAUAUGAAUAGAGCAAACGCUGUAUGUUAUGGAUAUGUUCUGGAGAAAUUCUUAUCCAUCUGGAUGGGGUAGGGCCCUUGACUCACCUGAAUCAGAUGACCAGGCAAACAUUUUAUCUGUCCUUUCUGCAGGAAUCCCUUCUGUGUCAUGCUAGGAGAAUGAGUUCAGUAUAUGAGGCCAUCAGGCAGUAUACCUUCUGAAUGUUUUUCAUUUUUUUAUUUGCUGAGAGUAACCAAAGAAUAAUUGCAUCUUUUAAUAAUUGUAUGUUUUAAUUCAAAGGGAAACCUUGGCUUCUGAUAACUUUGUUGUGUUGUAUCUUAAUGCGCUAAGCUGUCAUUACUUCCUCUAGCUGCAGUACGGAAUUGGCACAGACCUGGAUGAAUGCUUCCAAAGACAGAGGGACCUUGGCACCUAAACUGACCAGCCCUGUGAUCCUGCAUCCUGCAGGAGUAUCUCAUCAGGACUUACCAGACCGUGACUCUUGGGCAUCAUCUGCUGGGUUGAUGAUUUGGUUUGGCCAAGGGUCUUGCCAAGACUUUAAUCUAGGCCUCUUGUUCUACGUGAAUUCUUGGGAAUACUCACGUUCCAUAGGGAGGGUGCAUUCCCAGGUGAUGGUUUUCGGUUAUGGUAUGAUCCUUUCACACCAAGGAUUUCAUUGUUGAAAACGUGUUUCUUUACAAGAAGCCUUGAUAAUGAGAGUGGGGGAAGGAGGCAGUAGACUUUGAAGACUGGCCCUUGGUGUUCUGGAGUAGGGGGAGGGAAGGAGAAACACAUUUUCCAUAGCAUCGCAAGUGUGUGCCCUUUGCCCCUUUUCAGGAAUCUUAGAUUUGCCUCCCUCCCUCCACCCCAAUGAUUUUGCAAUAAUGUGCCUUAUCAGUUGUGAGUUUACAGGCAAAGCAAUUUCCCAAAUAAAUGGAUAUAAGUAUUC